AUGGUUGGCUCCGUGAAAAGAUGCUUUCAAAAAAGCAUUGGACGUAAAAAAUUGUCAUCUGAACAAAUGACUACAGUAAUUUCAAGAAUUGAAGCGAUAAUUAAUACUCGUCCGUUGACAAAAGUAAGUGCAACGGAUCUUGAUGAAAUGCCGAUAAGACCUAUCGAUUUCCUACAAGGAAAUCUGAAGUACUCUAUUCCAAGCACGCAGUUACAGUGCGGUAAUGGCGAUACAGUAUAUGAUCCCGAGUUGCUUCAGACAGUUGCGCAAGCACAGGAAGCAUUAUUGUUUUCGGAAACGAUCGCUACAGUAUUUUGGGAGCGAUGGAACAAAGAGUAUCUUACAUCCUUGAGAGAUAACCAGAGAGUGCUACUAAAACAACCGCGGCAUGUGACAAAUACACCGCAAAUUGGAGAAAUUGUACUUAUUGAGCAAGAAUUUCUUCCACGUGGUAACUGGAUGUACGGCAAAGUACUAGAAACAGUACCAAGUGCAGAUGUAAGAUCUUGUAAGAUCAGCGAAACUCCUUACGCCAAACAAAAGAGUUAUCCAAAGACCACUCAACAAGUUGUAUCCCUUAGAAAUACGUAG